CGUGGGGCGCGGGCCCGCGGCGGGAGCUGUCCGCGAGCCCUAGUGCUGAAGUCGGCGCAGACGUGCCCGGCGCCCGGCGCGUGCUACCCGGCUCCCAGUGCCCCGGCCGGCGAAGACCAUGGCGUUCAUGGUGAAGACCAUGGUGGGCGGCCAACUGAAGAACCUCACCGGGAGCCUGGGGGGCGGCGAGGACAAGGGAGACGGGGACAAGUCGGCGGCCGAAGCGCAGGGCAUGAGCCGAGAGGAGUACGAGGAGUAUCAGAAGCAACUGGUGGAAGAGAAGAUGGAGCGGGAUGCGCAGUUCACACAGAGAAAGGCCGAGCGGGCCACACUGCGGAGCCACUUCCGAGACAAAUACCGGCUGCCCAAGAACGAGACCGAUGAGAGCCAGAUCCAGCUGGCUGGUGGAGAUGUGGAGCUGCCCCGGGAGCUGGCCAAGAUGAUCGAGGAGGACACAGAGGAGGAAGAGGACAAGGCCUCAGUCCUUGGGCAGCUGGCCAGCCUCCCUGGCUUGGACCUCGGCUCACUCAAGGACAAGGCCCAGGCCACACUGGGGGACCUCAAGCAGUCCGCAGAGAAGUGCCAUGUCAUGUGACCACUUCCCCUGGGGUCGCCCAGGCCAGAGGGGCUGGGCCACAUGAGGGCUAAGAGUGUGUGUCAACGUCCAGGGACCCACACCCACUUGGAGCUUUGUUUCCCCUGUCCACUCCCCCAGUUCCAGAACCUUCUCAUCCAUGCUCUAAGCCUCCCUUCCUGUCUCUGUUUCCCCUGUCCACUCCCCCAGUCCAGAACCUUCUCAUCCAUGCUCUAAGCCUCCCUUCCUGUCUCUCCCUCUCCACUGGGAGCUAAGCCCCCAUUCCUCAGCUAUCCUCAGGACCCAGCCCCCUACUCAGCCCCAGAGGCCUUCCAAGAUGGUAGGAUCAGGCUCAUCCCUCUCUGGUCAUGGCCCAAGUUCCUGCACACAGAAGCACCCAUAGACACACAGAGGAUGUAACACCCUUGGAUAGGUCAGAGACAAAGGUCACAGACACAUUCUGGCAAACACACACACACACGGGCCAGCUCCCCUGGGUGCCCUUACAGACGCCAACACUCAGAUACCCCCAGUGAGAGCUUCAGGCAAAUACCCUCAGCAGAACAGAGGCCUGAGUUCACGUCUCCACCUUUACCUUUCUUGAAAGCCAUGGCUCUUCCUGGGCCUCGUUUCAUCAUCUGUAAAAUGGGUAUGGCCUGGAAGAUUUCUAAGCCUCUGACUUGGCCUCCUGGCCUCUCAGAGUCAAGCCCUCCUUGGGCAGGGCAGCAGCUGCAGCGGCUGCCACUGUGGGCUCCGGGAGCAGAGCGAUGCUGUGAGAGGGGCAGAGUGCCAAGGAUGAAGCUGGCACUGAACAGCAGCCCAGGCGGCUCCAGGCCUCCUCUGGGCCCAGGGCCCAGCCGAUUUCUGUUCCUGUAGAACUGUCUCUGGAUUCCAUAGCUGGAAUCUCCUCUCCUAGCUCAGUGAAAAAUAAAAACCCCGAGUGAUGUGCCUCUCUUCCCACUUCUUACUGAUGUCCAGAAGUCUUGGGGUUCACGGCCCCUGAGCCUUCCAGGAGGGCUGCCUCAACCUCCCCACCCACAGCUCCAUAGGAGGGAGGAGACACCCAGUGGCAGUGUCUUCUGUGGAACCCCCUCCAGCAUCAGCCCCUGUAAGAUGCUCAAACUCCAUCCUCUCAGGGCCCUGGGCAAGGGUGGGGCCUGGGCCAUGCGACAUGGGUCUGGGCUUUGAGGGGAUAUGGCAGCCAGCUGGAUGGGGGUGUGCGUGGGAGCAUUGCCAAGACCUUGGAGGGACCAGAACUCGGCUGCAGCUAUCUCUGGCACCUGGGCCUAUACCCCCUCCUCGCCUUGGAGAUGGAAGAGCAGGGCCACUGCAUUCCAGCCUGGCACUGCUGUGUGACUUUAAGCAGGUCCUUUCCCUCUCUGAGCCUGUUUUUCCCCCUGUAAAAUGAGAAGUCCCACCCUCUCAAAAAAUAAUAAUACAUGUUUCAAAGAGUGACCAUUUAUAAAGCCCUUGGCACAUGAUAGACCAUAUCAAUAAAUGGUAAGUCGGUCUUCCAGAAAA